AUGACGGACUCGGCAGAUCUGCUUGGAGAUGACAUCUUAUCAUCUUAUAUAAGCUUCACUUGCUUUUCGAUGACUACUGGAGAAGAAUUGAGGAGCGCACACUCCAAAGUGACCCGUUCCAAGAAAACUGUGGUGAGCAUUAAAAAUACCAACAAAGAAAGAAAUCCUGAAAAGAAAAUGAAUUCAUCAGCAAUAAAUUCAACAGUCAUCAGUCUGACCCAACUUUCUCUAUUUAGCAGCAAUGUCAACCAGUUUAUCAAAAUCUCUUUUUUAACCUUAACGUUCCUUUGCUUCUUCUUUUUCCUUUAUUUUAUCAUUGUAAUCCUGAUGGUCUUCUUCUCCAAUGUUUACGUCAGAGAGAACCCACGCUAUUUACUGUUUGCUCACAUGCUUAUCACCGAUACAAUAUAUCUUUCUCUGGGCAUUUUCCUUUCAGUGUCUGUUAUGUUUCUUCCUGUAUCCAUUCCCGUACCAGUCUGCUACAUUGUAAUUAUCAUGAUCACGACAACCUUCAAGGUGACACCAUACAACCUUGCAGCCAUGGCUUUGGAGCGCUACAUGGCCAUAUGUUUCCCUCUAAGACACGGGCAGCUAUGCACCAGACCAAGAUCUUUGGUUGUCAUUGGUGUAAUUUGGAUAAUUGGGUUUGUUCCGAGCAUUGCAGAUUUUAUUAUUCUAAUUUCCUCCAAAGAUCCAAGUUUUUUCUCUCUUCGUUUGAUGUGUACACAAUAUAGUUUUAUGAAUACCCCCCAGCAAAACGCUAUACAAAUUACCGCUUAUGUUCUGUGCUUUGCAGUGGUGGGGCUGAUUAUCAUUUACACAUAUAUCAGGAUCAUGCUGAUUGCUAUGAAACUUGACUCAGGAAAUUCAUCGGCUUCUAAAGCUGGUAAAACCGUUAUGCUCCACGCUUUACAGCUCCUCUUAUGCAUGACCGCCUUCAGCCACAACAUUACAGAGCUUUUCUUUCAAGAAUAUAUUCUUCUUGUAGCCCGAAUCAACUUUCUAUUCUUCAUGUGCCUACCCCGGUCUCUCAGCCCCCUGAUUUAUGGACUAAGAGAUGAAAUGCUCUGCAGUUAUAUCAAAAAGUUUGUUCUCUGUAAACCUUUAAAGGUUGUCAUAAAUGCAACUUGA